AUGCAUGAGCUUCGCAACGUGUACCUGAAAUUGCUCUUUUCGUGCUCCUUCACCGGCCGUGCAAAGGGCGCGGACUCGAGCCUGUGGGCCGUAACGACCUACGAGCUCAUCGCCAUUUGUCGAGCGCGCAUCUUCGAGCUCGGCAAGCAAUUUCGAGGCCUAAAUGACGAAGCAAGGACAGGUGAAGGUAGCAAGGAAGAGCGAAAGAAGCAGGCAAAAGUGCAAAGCCAGGACGCUUUGGCCCUCCAGCAUAUCGCGAGCUCUAUCGAGACGACCGCAAGAACCCUGACGAGAAGCCCAUGGCUGCUGGACGGCAUGCGCCAGCUCGGGUGGGAGGCGUCGGCGGCGGACGGAGAGGCUCUGCUGGUCGAGAUUAGCGCGGUGGAGCGAAUUCAACCCGGUCGAGUCGAAAAUCCUCGCCCAGGCCUCGCGACCAAUGAGCAAGCCCGCUUGUUGCUUCCCGACAGUGGCAGCCAUUCCAACCAGCUGGCUGUCUUAGCUUUGCACAAGGACGAUCUUCUCUCAUCGAUCAACUACUACUACCGCGCCCUUUGUGUCAUAUAUUCUUGA